GUUAGGGGUUAAAAUUUUCUUGAGAGCGUUGGACUGGGGAACGAAUUUGGCUUGGAUUUGAGAGCCUCGGCUCACAUGAAGGUCCGGAUUGGACAGGGAGGUGUUUGGGACAACAAAAAUGGUAGUUUGGGGUGUGUUUAAAAGCAACCCGUUCUGAUUACAUCUUUCUCCCUUGUGUUCCUUCUACCCCAGGUUUGAAUUUUCUCGGAGAAAGACAGGCCGGCCACGAGGAAAAAAGAAAAGCCGCGUCAACAUCUAAGCCCUUGAAAGGAUCCUGAGCGGGGGGAAAGGGAAAACAGCAGCCACCGGCCCAACCACUUGUGUCUUCUGUCCCUUCCCACCUAUCUUGCCCACCCCACCAGCCCACGCUGCUUGGGACUUGAAAUCUGUGGCCGAAGGACCGUCACCACAUAACUUCAAAAAUAAUCAACCACCCUCCCUUCCCAAACCCACCCAAAUUCACUUACCAGCGUUUACUUUUUUGAAUCCACUCAGAACUUUUUUUCUACGACCCCCCCCCUCCCUAAAGGGAGUUGGGAGGGGGGGAAUGAAUACUGAGUUGGCCUUUGUUUUUUUAAGAGACUUUUUGAUCCAAUGAGGCCCCCCAAAUAGAAAUUUGGGUCCUGGUUGGUGGUUUCAAUUUUUUUUCUCCAAAAUUUUAACCCCCUCCCCCCUGAGCCCGAGGUGCUGACGUCGCAAAAAAAUUGGAUAGUAAGUGUCGAAUUUUCAAAAACGAGCCUUGCAACAAGAAAUCAACGUUUCCCUUUGUGAAACCAAAAAAUGAGAGGAAGAAAUGAGACCAUAGAGCUGGAGAAAGGACCAAGCCGGUCACUUAAUCUCCAUUAAAAGGGGCCUUUGUGUCUAACAGUCUCUCUACCACCUACUUCUUCCCUGCCCUGCUGCAGGCUAGGAGAGGGGAGGGAGGGCCCGCAAGUGAGCAUUUUGAUGGUUAACCCUUGGUAAUCCAGCCAAUUUCCAGACUGCCAAGCGUUAAAUUUGCUUUUAUAAGGAGGAAUGGCUACCGUCCUCCCUUUAGCAGCAGUCUUCAAAAGGGUUAAUGAGCUCACAUACAAAAGAUGGUGGAUCUUGUGGCUCAGAAGUCCCACUUCUUUGUGUGUGAGACAAGCAGGGCGCCUUUCAAUUUGCCAGAUUAAUAAGCAAUCUGUACAUAAAGAUUGCAGGGUAAGGAGAUGGGCACAAAUAUUAGCUGGCUAUGAUUUAAGAUUGUUAAAUCCUCUCGAUUUAAUGUAAUGUGCUUGGGUUAUAUUUGUGUGGUUAAAAUAGGUGGCAAUCUAGGAAUAAAGAUUGCAAGACACUUAAUUCAGGACAAAAUAUAAUAGUGCCAGUACAUACAAGAUAGUAGUUGAAGUAAAUGUUUUGUAAUUGUUGCAGAUUGCCUAAGUUAUUUAAAAGCAAAAGAUUAACAUUUUAACUUGAUACUUUUUGAUGGGAUUAGAGGGUGGAAAGGUUGGGGAAUGUGGAAUUCAGGAGUAUAAUUUUUAAAGCCAUUUAGUGCACUUGAAUGCUAGCUUUCUAAAAAAAUUGUGUCGUUAAUAGGAUUUUUUCUUCCCUGCUUCAAUAUGGCGACUUUCCUUGUCCUUUUGUCUUCCAAGCAGUGCCGCAGAUUGUGUCUCCCAUUUUUGUCCUCCCUCAGCCCUAUUUGUUGAGGGAGCCAAGUCCUCCCCCUUUCCCUUUGUUUGGAGGAUGGGGGUGAUCGAUGUCCUGCAUUGAAUCAUGGAGGUUUCUAGGCAGAACUGGAAAGCCAUUUGGUACAACUGCCAUGGUGACGGGUGAGACUUCAGGCUAAUUUUCUACUGGGUGUGAAUUCUCAAGUUACUAAACUUAUGGAUUGGAUGGGAGGGACAUGUCUUCCACAUGUCUAUUGACCACAAGUUUUUUUUAUCUUUUAAGCAGUUUGCAUUGUGCCUCUGCAGCAUACCUUCCUUGGGAGCUGAACAUUCUGCCCACUGGGGUUCCUGAUCUCUAGUGAGCAGGGGAUUAAUAAAGACAAUCUUCAUUAACUUGGGAGAUGAGAAACAAAGUCCUUCUGGAAAAACUGAUCCUUGUAGUUUGUGGCCAGAGUUCUAUUCUGGGAUCCUUUCCUGUUGGGAUGGGGUGGGGGUGGUGAUUUAUGAAUAAGCUUUCGGGGAGCUCAUGCACCAGGUUUUCAAAAUAACUGAGGGAUAGGGCUUACUACUUAGAAGAAAGGUACAUCCUUGUGAACCACCUCAGAGACAUAAUUCAGUCCACUGUUGAGUCACGUUAAGAAAUGCAUCAAACAUUGAGGAAAGGAAGGGGAAAUGCUUAGGUACAAAGCAUUUUCAUUUCCAGAAAUGCUAAAGCCUCUAAGUUAAGCUAAACUCUGACUCCUUCCUCCUUUGUUAGAAGAGUAUUGUGAUUGUUUUAAAAAGAACUCUGACUUGCAUAGAAUUUUUGUCCUGAACCAACCCUGUUCUGUUUCAUUGGUGAUGGGUAUGGAAUAACUUUAGCCAAGCUAAAUAGUUUUCACCCUAUUUAAUUAAAUAACUCUCAAGUAUAAUUCAUUUUGGAGGCAAGAGUCAGUGUCACUUCUGGACUUUUAAAUUGUAUCACUGGUAAGAAUAGUAGAAAACUCCCCAGUGCCUUGUGUCAGUUGUGGAGGUCUCUGCCUGCAACAUCCUCCAUAAAGAGCAUAGGAUAGGACAAGGUGGAGAUAUCCCAGGGCUUGCUCCCUCCACCCUCCCUUCUGUACUGCCUUCAAGGAAAUUACAGUAUAUCAUGCACUAGAUUAUUUUUGGUUCCAGAAAGCUUCCUCAAGCUUCCAUUGCAGGCUCCAUAUUAUGACUAGGUAAUGUUAUGACACUUGGUCACUGCCCCGCCCCUGGUCACUCAUUUGCCUUUUGUACUGGAGGCUUGUGCCAGGAAUUUAGGCUCUUUAUUCCUUUCCACUUGAGUGCCUUGGAACUUCUUUCAAAAUGUACUAACUUCAAAAGAGGGAAAUUGGGUUGUCAGACACUUGGGGUCCUUAAUUUUAAAUGAGUGAAAGCUAAUCUUCCUGUGGGAAAGUUAUGAGAAAACUCACCUUUUAAUCACAAGAUUGGUGCUUGUGAGAGAAAAUUUAGUUUUGUUCAUUGUAUUUUUUAAAUAUAAUAGGGGAAAAUAAUGGAAAAUGAAUAUUUAACAUUACUUCUGCUUUGUCUCCUAGCUUCUCUUGACUGACUUAUUCUUGCUUGUUACGAAUGAGAAUGGAAAAGUCCCUGGGUCCCAUUCCCAGCAGAAGGCGCUAGACAGAAUUUAGCUUUGUACUAAUUGAUCUCUCUUGUCUCCCAUCCUCUUAAGUGAAGGAACAUUUGAGCUCAGGUGAUAAUUUUUUGAGUUUCUGAAGGAAGCAGGGGUAGCAGGCCUGUUGGCUUAACUGUUAGUUGGAUAUGUAAAAGGGAGUUCUCCAAGGUGAUGUAUAUUCAACUCCAGUUUUGACUCUGGGGUCAGCUGUAUUUAGGAGGGCUGGUUUGAGGUGAUAGUUUAAUUGAAGGCUUUUUUGUCAAAUUGUAUAUAUCUUGGUUGCUGAUGAUAUGUGUUAUUUGGAUUUGUUCAUUGCUUUUUCAGUCUUCAAUAGACGGAAAAUCUGUUUUAUAUCUCCGUUUAUUGUAUCUAUAUAUCUCUUUUUAGUGCCUGUAGUAUGUGGUAUCUACUACAUGGGAAAAUUUCCUUUAUCCUUGUGUCUGUCUGUAUAAGAAUCACCACAGAUUUGGUCUGUGCGCUUCUUAUCUGAUAUUCUUCAAUGUUUUUUCCUCUGACUUCAGGGUCUACCUGAACUUGUGGAAGUUCCAGGGCGGCAGUCACAGCACAAUUAACCCAGAUUUGCUCCUCUCUCAGCAUUUCUUACCUCAUCUCCUCUCCCUGUAUUCAGUGCGCACUUUGUGAUCUCAAGAACCAGCUCCCUCUCCUCCUUCUGCCUCUUUUUGCCAAGGUUGUUAAGACCUAUGCAUUUAGAAAUUUACUGAGCUUUUUGUUGGGAGGACUUAAAGGUUAAGAUUGUUGCAGUUUAUUGUUUGUUUUUUGUCUGAGAACUAAUUUACAUGAUAGGAAAACUGUUCUCUUUUCUGCACAAAAUAUAUUCGUUUUUGUAAAGCCUUGAUUUCCCCACACUUCUGUUGGGAUCCUGUCUGUUAACUGUGCUAGAAGCAAGGUGCACGAGGUUUUCUUCUUGCUUCCUUCCUUCCCAAUGUGUUAACUUGAUUUCCCAAAAGCAGAUAUUAUUGAGGUGGCUUUCUUUUGGGGUUCUCAGAGGUGUUUUGAGGUAUUAUGGGUAAAAAUACCAAUCAAAGCCAUAUUGAUUCUCAACUUCCUCUCUGGAACUUGGUUUCUGGCCUAGAAAUUGCUUCACACUUCUCUAUCCCACAUCAGCAGUUUAACUUUUAACUCCUUUUCUGACCUGGUCUAACCUAGCUACUUAAAAUUUAAUGGCAUUUUCCCACCUUCUACCUUUAUUCCAUCUUUUUGAUUCCAUGAUUUUUAAUUUCAGGCCUUUCUUAGGGAUCUUGAAUAGUGAUAUGAUUUGGGGGUGGGUGGAAAUAGGGGAUCAGAUUUGCACCUUUGCUUUUGAAACCACAAACUAAUCAUGCUCUUAACUUUGAAACAAUAAAAACUUUCGCAGUAUUUGGUUAAUGAGCGACAUUCCAUUUAAGGCUGAGGACCUGCUUGGUUGCCUUUGCAUCCAUUUGUCUCCAUUUCUGGGAACUACACCUCCCCCGAGGAAAGGUUCUGUUUUCAAGUUUUGUUUCUUUGUCACCUAUCACUUUAGCUGAUUGUCGACUGGUGCAAGUAGUACAUAUCCUGCCACUUGUGAUUAUGAUUCUUAAUGAGCUAAGUUAAAAAGGAAUUGACUACUCCUGGAAGACAUUUAGCCCAACACCCAAGAUUGUCCUAGUUUUUAUCAAGUCACAGGUGGUUUUUUUCAAACCAGAUUUACAAGCAACGAAGUAGAGAUAGGACUUAACAAUAAGCUAAAGUACUUUGGAGAAUUGAGCAUUUUGUUACAGGGAUGUGAAUCUUAGCUCUAAUGCUAUUUAAUUGUCAGCUGUCCUAGGAAGGAUGUAACUGGGAGGGGAGAGGUGCGCUGCCCUAGUCCUCCAGUCAUGUAGUAGCCAUGCUUAACUUGCCAGGGCUGUUUUCUCAGUGCUGACUAUGGUCUGUGUUGAUUUUCCUUAUUUUAAAAUGGUGAGUGUAGUUGAACAUAAAUUGAAUAGUCACUAUAUUUUGUCAGAUGUGGAAAUGGGUUUUAUUAGAGGACAUGCUGGCAUUGUCCUUGCCACUCAUUUAUUCUGUGGGUUUGUUUUGUUCUCUCAUCUUAGAAACCUCAGUCAUGGGUUCAGGUCCCAUAGACCCCAAAGAGCUUCUCAAAGGCCUGGAUAGCUUCCUUAACCGAGAUGGGGAAGUCAAGAGUGUGGAUGGGAUUUCCAAGAUCUUCAGUCUGAUGAAGGAAGCACGGAAGAUGGUGAGUCGAUGCACUUACUUGAACAUUCUGCUGCAGACUCAGUCACCAGAAAUAUUGGUCAAGUUUAUUGAUGUUGGUGGCUACAAGCUUCUUAACAAUUGGUUGACAUAUUCAAAGACGACCAACAACAUGCCCCUGUUGCAACAAAUUCUGUUGACCCUGCAGCACCUACCACUCACCGUGGACCACCUCAAGCAGAACAACACAGCCAAACUGGUGAAGCAGCUGAGCAAGUCAAGUGAGGAUGAAGAGCUCCGGAAAUUGGCCUCAGUCCUGGUCAGCGACUGGAUGGCUGUCAUCCGCUCCCAGAGUGGUGCCCAGCCUGCUGAGAAAGAUAAGAAAAAGCGGAAAGAAGAGGGAAAGGGUCGAACCACCCCUCCUGAGCGACCUUUAACUGAGGUGAAAGCUGAGCCUCGGGCUGAGGAGGUCCCAGAGAAGAAGAAGGAGAAGCCCAAGUCUCUUCGAACCACAGCGCCCAGUCACGCCAAGUUCCGCUCCACCGGAUUGGAGCUGGAGACCCCGUCCCUGGUGCCUGUGAAGAAGAGUGCCAGUGCAGUGCUGGUUUCUGACAAGUACAACCUUAAGCCCAUCCCCCUCAAGCGGCAGAGCUCGGCAGCUGCCCCAGGAGACUCUGCGCCCCAUGCAGAGAAGAGGUACAAGCCGCUCAACACAACACCCAAUGCUACCAAAGAGAUCAAAGUGAAGAUUAUCCCGCCACAGCCUAUGGAGGGCCUGGGCUUCCUGGAUGCUCUCAACUCGGCCCCCGUUCCAGGCAUCAAAAUUAAGAAGAAGAAGAAGGUGCUGUCGCCUACCGCUGCCAAGCCAAGCCCGUUUGAAGGGAAAACAAGCACAGAGCCAAGCACAGCCAAGCCUUCUUCCCCGGAGCCAGCACCUCCUUCUGAAGCUAUGGACACAGACCGUCCAGGGACCCCAGUUCCCCCUGUGGAAGUCCCAGAGCUCCUGGACCCAGCCUCUUUGGAGCCAGGAGCCCUGGAUGCAAAACCAGUGGAGAGUCCUGGUGAUCCCAGCCAGCUGACCCGGAAAGGCAGGAAGAGGAAAACUGUGACGUGGCCUGAGGAGGGCAAACUGAGGGAAUAUUUCUAUUUUGAACUGGAUGAAACUGAACGAGUAAAUGUGAACAAGAUCAAGGACUUUGGCGAGGCAGCAAAGCGAGAGAUCCUGUCAGACCGACAUGCGUUUGAGACGGCCCGGCGUCUGAGCCAUGACAACAUGGAGGAGAAGGUGCCGUGGGUGUGCCCCCGGCCCCUGGUUCUGCCCUCACCUCUUGUCACCCCUGGAAGCAACAGCCAGGAGCGGUACAUCCAGGCUGAGCGGGAGAAAGGCAUCCUUCAGGAGCUCUUCCUGAACAAGGAAAGCCCUCACGAGCCUGAUCCUGAGCCCUAUGAGCCUAUACCCCCGAAGCUCAUCCCCCUAGAUGAGGAGUGUUCCAUGGAUGAGACCCCAUAUGUUGAGACUCUGGAACCUGGGGAGGCCGGCGGCUCACCUGAUGGGGCCAGUGGCUCCAAGUUGCCUCCUGUUCUGGCCAAUCUUAUGGGAAGCAUGGGUGCUGGGAAGAGCCCCCAGGGUCCUGGAGGAGGAGGCAUCAAUGUCCAAGAGAUCCUCACCUCCAUCAUGGGUAGCCCAAAUAGUCAUCCUUCAGAGGAACUGCUGAAGCAGCCGGACUACUCGGACAAGAUCAAGCAGAUGCUGGUGCCACAUGGACUCUUAGGCCCUGGUCCAAUAGCCAAUGGUUUCCCACAAGGAGGCCCUGGGGGACCCAAGGGGAUGCAGCACUUCCCCCCCGGUCCUGGGGGACCUAUGCCAGGUCCCCAUGGAGGCCCUGGGGGCCCUGGUGGGCCAGUAGGUCCACGUCUCCUGGGUCCCCCACCCCCUCCCCGGGGGGGCGAUCCCUUUUGGGAUGGCCCUGGUGACCCCAUGCGGGGUGGCCCGAUGCGGGGGGGUCCAGGUCCUGGUCCUGGACCAUACCAUAGAGGUCGUGGAGGCCGAGGAGGAAAUGAACCUCCUCCUCCUCCUCCAUUUCGAGGGGCCAGAGGAGGUCGCUCUGGAGGAGGACCCCCAAAUGGACGAGGGGGCCCUGGUGGAGGCAUGGUUGGAGGUGGUGGGCACCGUCCCCAUGAAGGCCCUGGCGGUAGCAUGGGUGGAGGACACCGUCCCCAUGAAGGCCCUGGUGGUGGCAUGGGCAGUGGCAGUGGUCAUCGUCCUCACGAAGGUCCUGGCGGUGGCAUGGGUGGAAAUGGUGGACACCGCCCCCAUGAAGGCCCUGGACAUGGGGGGCCUCAUGGCCACCGGCCUCAUGAUGUCCCUGGUCACCGAGGCCAUGACCAUCGAGGGCCACCUCAUGAGCACCGUGGCCAUGAUGGCCCUGGCCACGGAGGAGGGGGCCACCGAGGGCACGAUGGAGGCCACAGCCAUGGAGGAGACAUGUCAAACCGCCCUGUUUGCCGACACUUUAUGAUGAAGGGCAACUGCCGCUAUGAGAACAGCUGUGCCUUCUACCACCCAGGGGUCAAUGGGCCCCCCCUGCCCUAGGGACCCCCCCGUCCUCCCCACACUGUUAUGGCUUCUGUGAGGCCCGUUUGUCCCUUCCCCAGCUGAGGAGGAGCCGGCCUCCUCAGUCCCCACUGCUCAUGUUCCUGGGGUUCUGAUCACUGGUGCGCACUGAUGUACAUCCUCUCCUCCAGUCUGGGGAGGAGGGCCUGGACAUGCUGUACCCCACUGCUCAAGAAGAGACUCGGCUGGCUUCCCUUUGUGAGGAGAUUUGCCCUGGAACACAAGCCCCUUUCCAGUAUUACCUUUAAUGCCUGAGAGCCUAAUGCUGGCUGUUCCGGAGAGCACCGGCCCCCUGUGAGUCCUCCCCACGCACAGAGCUCUUGAUGUGGGAUCAGCUGCACUUAUGAAACCAUCCCAGCCAAGUUCACUAUCCUCAUGGGGUGGGGAGAUGGUAAAAGGGGUAUUGGAUAUCCCACUGCACUGACAGGGCUCCCCACUCCUCCCUCGACACCAGCUGGACACAUUCUGAGUUCUUUCUCCAGUCAGACUCUGCAGCCUUGUGUGAGCAUUGUGUCCGCAUCGUGGCUGCUGGGCUUGAUGAUGGCAUGUCCACAACUGCCCCCAGUGACGGGCUUGUGGGCUGUGGUGGCGUCUGCCUUGCACACACAGCUCAUUCUGGAAACAAGCACUUCAGCGAGACCAGCUGUUCAUGAACUGAAGCCUGGCGUGCUGGGCCCGACAGUCACACUACAUGUACCGCCUUGGGAUUUAGCUCGUUUCCUAUCCCCACCUGGGACCUUGUUGGAGUGAGGCCACCUCUGAGUCCCCGCCAGGCACCUUCCUGGGUGCAUUCACCAACACAGCUGGCCCUUACCCAGCCCUCCUCCACCUGUCUCGGCAUCAGUUGUUUUCUAUGAAAACUGGAUUGGUUGGGUUUUGUGCAGGGUCUUGGGUUAGAGCCACAAUGGAUUUGAGGAUGAGUAUUUUUUUUCUUUUGGUUUUGUAUAUUUUGUACAUUAAUAAUAAACAGUGGAAAGAGAAGCAGCUUAUUUAA